AUGGCCCCCAGUGCGGAUAACGAGGGCUUUCCUACCACCGUCCCCACCACGACCGUCGUGGUGGUCGGCGCUGGUCCAUCGGGGCUGAUGCUGGCAUCGAAUCUCCUCCGCUACGGCACGCGCGUCAUCCUCCUCGACGAUCGUCCCGACCGCACCACCACCGGCAAAGCAGAUGGUCUGCAGCCGAAGACUAUUGAAACGCUGAAGCAACUCCGUUUGGCGGAUGAGCUUAUCAGGAAUGGAGCGAAGGUUCAUGAUAUCUCUUUCUGGGACUCCACCCCCACCCACCCCCUCCGCCGCACCGGCCGCCAACUCCACUACCCCGACCACCUGGUCGGCGCAUCCGACCCAUACAUUCUGCUCGCGCAUCAGGGCAUGCUUGAGGACGUGUUGAUCGAUGACAUCGAGGCGCGAGGUGGUCGCGUGCAGCGGAACAGUCCCUUCGUAUCGGUGAAUAAGCCCCCGUCGGGAGAGUUAGAGGUCGUGUACGAGGACAUCAGUACAAAAAGCAAGAAGACCAUUCACACAAAGUAUCUAGUUGGAUGUGAUGGGGCACGGUCAAAGGUUCGGACAUUUAUACCCGAUGCGCAGUUGGAGGGCGAGAUGACGAAUGCCUCGUGGGGGGUGUUGGAUGGUGUGAUUGAUACCGACUUUCCCGAUCUAUGGAGUAAGGUGGCUGUUAGGUCGCACACGGCGGGUUCGAUUCUUUGGAUUCCUCGUGAGCGCGGCAUGACUCGGCUGUAUGUCGAGUUGAGCUCGACCGAUGGGGAAAAGGUCGAUCGGGCUAAGGCGACGCCUGAGUAUGUGAUUGCGAGGGCGAGGGAAGCUAUGAGUCCGUUCAGAUUGGAGUGGAAGUCUAUUGUAGAAUGGUUUGGCAACUACGUCGUCGGCCAACGAGUGGCGCGCAAUUUCUCCGACCCGGAGAAUCAGAUCUUCAUUGCUGGUGAUGCCGGCCACUGCCACUCCGCUCUGGCUGCCCAAGGCGCCAACACCAGUAUGCACGACAGCUUCAACCUGGCGUGGAAGCUGAACCUCGUCUCCCGGGGCCUCGCUCAUCCAUCCUUAUUAUCCAGCUACGGCGAGGAACGCCGCAAGAUCGCCAACGAUCUGAUUGCUUUCGACGCAGAACAUGUGGCCGCGUUCGAGAAAGGCGAGGCGGCAUUAGCACGGAACUUUGAUGAGAAUAUCCGGUUCAUCUCAGGCGUAGGGGCAGAGUAUACCCCUGGGUUAUUGACUAAAUCUGGCAAAAGAAGUGGUGGGGUGAAAGCAGGCUCGUUGAUGCUUCCGGCCAAGGUGACACGGUAUAUUGAUGCCAAUCCGGUGGAUGUGCAACUGGAUGUGCCGAUGUUGGGACAGUUCCGGGUGUAUUUGUUUGUUCCGGAUGUCAAUGCAGGCAAAGGGUUUCUGGAUGGGUUCUGUGAGGGGGUCAGCACGGCCCUGAGGGAGAUUGGUGAGAAAGCAGCAGAGUCCUAUGCGGAGGGGCCACGCGGCCUCGCCGAGAGUGAUGAGUAUGUUCAGCCAGAUCGGUAUACGACGAUGUCGCAGGUGGUCACGUAUGGCCUGGUGACGCAGUCGUCGAAGAGCACAUUUGAACUGGCGGAUCUGCCCGAGGUGCUGCAGCGCAGUCGCUGGACAGUGUAUCUGGAUGAUGUGGAGGGGUGCACGGCGAAGUGGAUGGGGCAGCUGGAAGAGCAGCAGGCUGGCGUGGUGGUGGUUCGGCCAGAUGGAUAUAUCGGCCAGACGGCGACAUGGACGCUGCCAGAGGGGGCGGCGGCCGCCCAGUGGGUAGGGGAGUAUUUCACUUUCUGUACAUAG